AUGCGUUCUCUGUCGUGGAUCUGCGCGUUGCUCCUUCUCUCUUUGCUUUUAAGCAGCAUCGGUGAAGGUGUUGUUGGCACCAUCCCGCGAAGCGCAAGAACAACAGCGACGACGACGGGAGCCGCCUUUGUCGAAGAAGGAGAAGAUCGUCUUUUUUCCCCGUCGUGGUCGUCGAAGAAGAAGAUAAACGACGACGUACACGACGAAAAGCAGCCGCAGCGAUACGAGCGCGAGCAAAGAAGGUCGGUGCUCUGGUCGCACAAAGCGCCGAAUUUGAAUUUACUCGACGACGGUUCGAGCGCGUCUUCUUCAUCUUCAUCUUCAGGAAAGUCCUCCUCCAUCGCGGACCAACUCGUGAAGGAAUUGGAUACCGUGGUGGACGGAACGUUGCAAAACGCCGCAGAAGCGUUCGUCGCGAAUGGCAACGCUCAGAAAAUCAGCUCGAACGAGAUUGAAAACGCCAUUUUGGACAGCGAAUCGUUCCGAGAAAAACUGGAACAAAACGGCGGGAACGACCCGGGAUGGACGGACGAAGAUAGACAACUCGAAGAGAGUUUAGAAACGAAGUGGGUGGAUAAUCCGGAGGAGGAUAUUUCGCCGAAAUGGCACGACGCGUACGAGGAGAAGUAUUCCGCGGGAAUCGUCGACGAGAAGAAAGAGGAAGUGUUGGAAAUCGAAGAAGAGAUGGAAAAAAGCGGAGGAGAGUUAACGUUCGGGGAGUUAAUGGCGAAGAGCGCGACGAGCGGGAAGAAGAAUAGUAAAUCGAAAAAGACGAGGAAGGAGAAGUCUUUGAAAAGUAGCAGCGACGUCUUAAACGUCGUUUUAGUCGGGAACGGGAAGUCUGUGUUGAAGAAAAGUAACGGGAAGAGCAUCGAUAGCGCAGAUGUGGUUGGUAGAUUCAAUUACUUCGAAACGAAAGGGUUUGAGAAGAAAGUUGGGACAAGAUUGGAUUUGUGGUUUUUAGGCGAGUUGAGACAACCCGGACCGCAAGGUUCGCGAGGGUCGAGAUUGAGCACCGGGAGGAUGGAUAUGAAAGUGAAGCCGACGUUGAGAUACAUCGUACCGGUCGUGUAUGAGACGCCGGGAAAGUGCUCGAAAGAAAGUUGUAAGCCGAGUAACGCGAAAUUGAAACAACGGUUACAAACGAUUAGGACGGUCAAGAAGGCGUACGCCAAGUACGGCAUUCGCAAGAUGCUGGAAAUCAUGCCUAUUGAAGUACAACAUAAAUUAUCCACAAAAUACGGAUACACCGCGCAUUGGCCGUCCUCGGGGAUUUUAGCCAUCGUGUAUUGUUUAGAAAAGUACCCGAAAGCGACGGUUACGAUCACUGGAUACGAUUUCAUGGGUGGAAAUUUAGGCCACUAUUGGGAAAAAGUGAAGAAGAAAGGUACGGUGCAUUCGAUGAAAGGCGAAGCGUCGUUCAUAGCAAAGUUAGCGAAAAGUGGGCGGGUGAAAGUUAUGUAG